AUGCUCGGGGGAGGUCUGCUUGGAGGAGGAGGUGAUGCAAGCCCAGAAGGUUACGAAGAUCAGAUUUCAGACAUAGGAUAUGGCAAUGAUUUUGGUUUUCCACAAGAAGAAUAUCCAGGAUUUGGCAGUGAUUACGGUUUUCCACAAACAGACUUAAUAGAUUUCGAUUUUGGUCUAGAUAUACUACAACCAGGCGUACCAGGAUUUGAUUAUGAUCUGAAUAUGCCACAAAUAGAUUUCUUUGGGGCUGAUUUUGCUUUUCCAGAACUAGACUUAUCAGCAAGUGGCUUUGAUUUAAAUUUUCCACAAAUAGACUUUUCAGAAAGUGUUACCAAUAUAGAUUUUCCCCAAAUAGACACGCCAAUAUUUGAUAUAGAUAAACUGCAAAUAGACUUACCAAAAAAUUAUAUUGAUUAUGAUUUGCCAAAAGCAGACAUUUCAGAUUUUGAUCUACGUAUACCAGAAAUAGAUUUCUCAGGGUAUGACAAUGAUAUCAGUUCGAAACAAAUAGAUUUAUCAACAUUUGAUGGUUAUAUACCGCAAACAGACUUGGCAAGUAAUGACAUUGAUUUUGAUUGGUCAAAUGCUGAAAUACCAAGUACUAAGGACUUUUUGCCUGGAUUUGUCCAAACAGACAUACCAGAUUCUGAUCUUAAAGCACUUGAUGAGAUAUCCGAAGGCUUAUCUAGUUCCAUUGGUAUCACUGAAUUUAAUAAAGAUGUUGAACCUUCACAGGGUUUAUUAGGUGGGGAUUUCUCAAUAGGCGGUUUCAAUGUAGAUCAGGGAAGCAUGGGGGGUGACUACAAACUUGAUUUUGUGCAACAAUGGACUUCUGAGAAUAUGGAAGGAGGCAUCUCGGGAGGUGACUUCAAUGAAGAUUUUGAGGGUGUUGGAGGUGACUAUAACGUAGAUUUUGGACAACAGUGGACUUCUGGUAAUAUGGAAGGAGGCAUGUUUGGUGGUGAUUUUAAUGUAGAUUUUGGGGGUGACUACAAAGUAGAUUUUGGACAAGAGUGGACUUCUGGCAAUAUGGAAGGAGGAGCAUCAGGAGGAGAUCUCUAUGUAGAUCCUGGAAACUUCCCAUUUUUUUCCGGUAAUAUAGAAGGAGGAAUACCAGUAAUAGAUUUUGGAAAUAUUGAAGGUGUUAUCUCAGGGAGGGACUUUAAUGUUGAUUUUGAACAGUCGUGGACUUCUGGCAAUGUGGAAGGGGGAAUGUUUGGUGGUGAUUAUAAUGUAGAUUUUGGGGGUGACUACAAAGUAGAUAUUGGACAAGAGUGGACUUCUGGCAAUAUGGAAGGAGGAGCAUCAGGAGGAGAUCUCUAUGUAGAUCCUGGAAACUUCCCAGUUUUUUCCGGUAAUAUAGAAGGAGGAAUACCAGUAAUAGAUUUUGGAAAUAUUGAAGGUGUUAUCUCAGGAGGGGACUUUAAUGUUGAUUUUGAACAGUCGUGGACUUCUGGCAACAUGGAAGGGGGAAUGUUUGGUGGUGAUUUUGGACAAGAGUGGACUUCUGGCAAUAUGGAAGGAGGAGCAUCAGGAGGAGAUUUCAAUGUAGAUUCAGGAAACUUCCAAGUUUAUUCUGGUAAUAUAGAAGGAGGAAUACCAGUAAUGGAUUUUGGAAAUAUGGGUGGUAUUGUCUCAGGAGGUGACUUUAAUGUUGAUUUUGAAAAGCAAUGGACUUCAGGCAACAUGGGUAAGGGGGGCUUCUCAGGAAGUGAAUUAGGCACACAAGGAACACCUGGUUUUACUGGAGGUGGCUUUUCAGAUGGUGGAAAGUGGAGUUUUGGCAAUACAGUUAGUGAUUUUGGACAACAGUGGUCUUCUGGUAAUAUGGGGAGCAGUUUGGGAAAAAUGGACAUGGAUGGCUUCAUGGAAGGGGGCAUGUCACUAGAUGGUAAUGGGAUGUUCCAAAUGGGUGAGUUUGGGAUGCAAAAUGCAGACCGUUUUGGUGGAAAAUUUAAAAAAAAUGACUGGAAAUUUUAA